AUGUUUGUACAUUUUCAGAAAACAACUCUGAGACCAUGUAGAUUCUGGCAACAGAGAGGAAUUGGCAGGAUUACUCCAACCAUCAAGACAGAAGAAAAGCAGUCCAUAGAUGGAAAACAUUGCCAUACCAGCAGACAGCAGUUGUGUAUCACUGCAGGUUGCCCAGGACCAAACCAGAGAGAGUCAACCUGCAUUACCACCAUUUGUCCACCAUCCAGAUCUGAAAUAUCAUGGCUGACAUAUACACAUAAGGAACUGUUUGAUAUUGAAAUUGGGUCUCAAAAGAACUGUUGGCCCAGAAAAAAACUCAUAUGCCUUUCAGCAUAA